UAAAAUAACAACUUUGAGUACACAUUAAUAUGAACUCAUCUAUUAAAUCAUCCACAUCAUACAUUUCAUUAAAGAUGAACAAAUCUAGCUCAUUCUUAAAAAAGAUGGUUAAAACCAACAAGCCAUCUGUUAAGUUGACAUCAGCACAAAAGGAAGCAGCACUUCCAUUUGUGCAACCCACCAAAAAAUCAAAGUCUUUAAAGCAAUUUUUCAAAAAGAUCACUUCUAAAUCUUUAUCCACAGCCGAAACACAAAAGACACAAUACAAGCUCACAUUCAUUCCUAUCACUAAAAACAACGAAACUGUCAGCGAAUCCACUGAAAUUGUCUUAUACGAUAUCGAAACUAGCUCAACCACAACAACCGAUAUUACCGAACCAGCACAACGUAUUUGGGAUCAAGAUACCACAGUCUACAGCAGCUUAGAUAAAGUUGUUGAAUGGAUUGGUAAUGGUAAAGAAUCCAGCAACUCCAUUCUUCAAUCAUACAUGUCUUUAUUCGACUUCAAAGACUUGAAACUUGAACAAGCUUUCCGCAACUUAUGUUCAAAGCUCUACCUUAAAGGUGAAACACAACAAAUCGAUCGUGUCUUACUUCAAUUCUCUGCUCGCUACUUCGAGUGCAACCCUAAAUGCAUCUUUGGUGCUGUCGAUGUUGUCCAUGCUAUUGUAUAUUCUCUUUUACUUUUAAAUACUGAUCUUCAUGUUGCUCAAGGUGACUACAAGAAAAUGACCCAAUCUGCAUUUAUCAAGAAUACGAUGAGUGCUAUCUCUUCUGGUACUCCUGCAUAUAUCUGCAGCAGUCCUUCAUCACAAUCAUUUGAUUGGACCCCUCUUCAACGCAUCCCAAGCAGUACCAGUGAAAUCUCUAAUGAAUCUUCUUCUUAUACCCGUUCUGUUGAUUCUACUAUUCCUCGCAACUUGUCAAGCUUGUCUAUUGGCUCUAAGACUUGGGAAAUGGAACUCAAGCAAGUUCUCAAGCAAAUGUAUUCUAGUAUUCGUCACUGCCAAAUUACCAACCCUUCUUCUCCCCCUACUUCUAUUCACACCAACAGCAGCCGUGUUAGUGCCUUCAAACGUAGUGUUGGCUCUAUUAUCAAGAAGAAAGCUGUCUCUGAUAACGAAGACUCUGUAACUAUUAAAUCUGUAAGAUCAUCUGUCUCCUCUUCUAUGCAAACCACAAAUGCUCCUUACUAUAAGGAAGGCUCAGUUAUUCGUAAGCAUCUUUUAGCUGCCAAGGACCAAAAAGCCAGUCACCGUGAAUGGAAGCAAUGUUUCAUGGUCAUUGAACGUAGCCAAAUCACCAUGUACAAGACUUGCUCUACUUCUGAUGCUCAAAUCAUUGAGUCUAUUGACCUCAAGCAUUCUCUUGCUACUGCUCUUCCUUCUGGUUAUAGCAGCCAGCGCCAACACGCUUUCACCAUUGAGCAAUCCAAUGGUUCAGUUCACGUGUUCCAAACUGUUUCUGCCCAACAAGUUGAAGAGUGGGUUUCCAUUUGCAACUACUGGGCUGCUCGUGAAUCUAAGGAGCCUUUAGUUGGUGGUAUCAGCUCUAUGGAAUAUGGAUGGGGCCAAUGUUUAGAAAAUAUGUCCUCUACUAUGAUCCAUGAAUGGCAAUCACCUGCUUCCCCUUAUAUCAGCAGUGUCUUGGAAGAGUCAGCUCAAUAUGAAGUCCUCCGCAACUAUGUCUAUGAAUUAACUAUGCAAUUGGAUCAACAUCGUGAUAUCAAGUCUAAAAUGAUCUCUCACUUCACUGGUUCCAAAUCUUAUGCUAAAGCUAUGAACAACUGGGAAAACAAGUCUCACUAUCUCUUACGUGAGAUUAUCAAGUACCAAAACUACUGUAAUUCUAUUGAAAAGUCUCUUUCUUUAUAAGCCUCUCUCCCCUAAUCUGGCAUAAUUUGUAUUUAUAAACCCUGUAUCUAUAUUUGUAUUUUCUGUAUAAAAAUAAAAAUCAAACACCACUGUAUUGUAUCAUAUAAAAACUUGUCUUUCUCCUUUUCUUUUCAUUUUUUUUUUUUUUUUGUCCUUUAAAUUCAUCUUUUCUUCAGUACAUGCUUUCUAUAAAUAUUAGCCCAUGCUUUAAUCGAAACGGUUUUCCACCCUCACACACACAAAUUAUUUUUCAGGGGUAAACGUUUUUAUUUUGGCCGUUGGUAGUUAAAUUACAGAUGCAAAUAUAAAAAUAAAAUAAAAGGCUUAUGUUAAAUUCCAAUAAACAAACGAUUACUUUCAUCUCAUUUUAUAACUGAGCGUCUGUAUCACUUGUUGACGGAUUCUCUUUAGCUGACAAAUUAAGAACUGUUUAUGAUUAAUAAACAUCAGAAUUGGAAAAAUGACAUAAUCGUAUCUAUAAAAAGUUUU